GGGUGCUGGGUGCAUUUGUUUUCCAAGCUUUCAGCUUGAAACUUCCCAUCCCGGUGUGCGGAAGCUACUGUAUGUACUGGUAGCGGUACCGGUACACGUUACAGUAGCCAGUACCGGUACAUGUACAUUUUUUGCGUAGCGUUGCACCGCGAACCCAAGAACGAAUGAUUCAAUCUUCCAAUGCUUCCGCGAAACAACAGGACUAUUGGGGAGCUUCAGCACGCUAUGGGUUUCCAUCGUCGUUCGAAGUGACCACAGCAGCACGGCCAAUGGUGGCUUCAAUGCAAAGGAGAUGCCAAACAACGUUCUAUUGCUUUCCCUGUUGAGGAAGGACAUGACAGAGGCUUCUUGCAAACUGGACCAAGAAACACUGGAUGCAGAGCGAUGGCCCAUGAAGGAACAUGGAAGGAGACGCUUCUUUCGAAUUAUUCGUAUCCUCUAUCUGUCCUACUAUGCAAGCACUGGUUCUCUGGUGCCUUAUCUACCAGUUUACUAUCACUCGCUUGGUCAUGGUGGGCAGGUCAUUGGAGUAUUGAGUUCACUACGGCCAUUUGUGAACCUGUUGGUUGCGCCGUUGUGGGCCAUGUUUGCUGACUGCAGUCAAGACACACUGCGUGUACUUCAAAUCGCUGCCAUGGGAUCGGCUUUGGGCUAUGUUUCGAUAGGGGUGCAAUCUGAUGCGACAUCCUUGAUUCUUGCCGUGAUUGUCACGUCAAUAUUCUAUGCUCCCAUUAAGACCUUGAUGGAUUCCAUGGUGCUAGAAAGGCUGCAAGAUCUCGAAAGGCUGUCUCCUGACGACUCCAAGAACAUCAAAGACGAUGAUAAUAACGAGAGCUUUGGAAAGCUGAGGCUUUGGGGCCCGCUUGGAUUUGGACUUGGAUGCAGCCUCGCCGGAACUGUGGCAACACAUCAGUGUAACAAUACGCAAAUGGAUGUGUCAUGGCUUCCUGAAUGGGCACGUCAAUGGAACAGUCUGUUUUGCGAGAGUCUCGUGGGAUAUAGGAGUCUCUUUGUCAUCUUUGCACUCUUCUCGAUUCCAAUGAUGCUGUCUCUGCUAGCAAUUCCCCCGCGAACGCCUGGACUGGCGAAAACCGGACCAGAGCCCCAGCACAUGAAGCAAAAAGACCUGAACGUAAAGCCUGCUGGUUUCUCGUCCCUACACCGAGGGCUCUGCACUAUUGUAGAGAACCAAGAUACGAGGUUGUUUCUAUUGCUGGUGUUGGCCAUCGGUGUCAACAAUGGGGCCGUCGAGACCUUUUGCUAUGUUCGCAUGAGGGAAGUUGGUGCUACAGGUCAGCAGAUUGGAUUUAGCCGGCUGUUCUCGGCAGUUGCUGGCACACCGAUGUUUUGGUUUUCCAGCAAACUGAAUGGCAUCAUUCAGGGCCGAUCAAGAAGAGUCAGCGCGGAAAUCCUAAUCCUGAUCUUGUGCCUGACGAGCUAUGCCAUACGCUUUCUCCUCUAUGCAUUGAUCCGUAGUCCAACCGAUGCGUUGCCCGCCGAGGCAAUUCGAGGAAUCACCUUUGCAGCAUUUUACAGCACGGCGAGUAUCUAUGCUCAUCGCCAUGCCCCGGAAGGCUUCAAAUCAUCCAUGUUGAUGGUGGUAAACUCGCUGUAUGGCGGUUUGGGUCAAUCUAUUGGGUCCAUGGUAGCAGGAAGAAUUCAGCACCGCAUUGGCACUGUUCGCAUGUUCCUGUCCAUCUUUCAAUGGGACCUGGCGUUGAUUGGGCUUGUCCUUCUCUACGUUACCUUCCUUGCCCAGCCUGCACCAACAAAAGCACUGCUUGCAAUGGACAAAAAGAUACGAUGAACUCCACUGUGCUUGGCUGCUGGGACGGUAUCUUAGUUCUGGUCACAUCUCCACUUCACUACAUUUCAAGAACUAAUGCCACUACGGUAUGUGGAGAACGUAGCUGCUUAACUUGAUAAGUUCCACAGCUGUU